UGUCCACAGAGCUGCAUCAUGAUGGAGAGCAUCUGGCUGGGUGUCUUGUGUCUCUCAGGGUGGCUCGUCCUCCCCGUCUGCUCCCUCCGUCAGUACUACUUUGUCAACAAUCCUUUAACUUGGAAUGAAUCUCAGACCUACUGCAGACAGAAAUACACAGACCUGGCCACCAUUGAAAACACUGAAGACAUGAAGGAACUGGAGAGUCUGGUUUCAUCUGCUAACGUACAGUCUGAGGUCUGGUUCGGUCUGUACAGUGAGAUCAACUGGAAGUGGUCGGAUGGGUUCACAGGGAGCGGGGCUGAGUAUCGGACCUGGACUGGUGGUGGAAACAACUUUGCCAUGGGGUCUUUCUGUGUGUUCAGUUGGUCAGAAUGGUCCACUACAAAUUGUGAGACACUGAGAAAAUGUAUCUGUUACCGUGGAACAGAAGACAAUCGUCAGUUUGUUUCUGUCAAGAAGUCCAUGAAUUGGUCCGAUGCUCAGAAGUACUGCAGGGAGAACUUUGUCGAUCUGGUCACUGUGAGGAACAACAGCGAGCAGCAGAAGAUCUGGAACAAAGUGAAGUACAUCGGAGGGUCAUGGAUCGGCCUAUUCAGAGAUCCUGAUCUUUACUGGUCUGAUGGAAGCAGCUUCUCCUGGUCCAGCUUCAGUGGUUCAACCCCGAUCGGCUCGAUGACUGUCUUAUGUGGUUCCAUGUCUCUGAAGAGAUCCAUGAAAUGGAAGCUCUUGAACUGUGAACAAAGGUUCCCGUUUGUGUGCCACGGAGUCCCUGACAAAAGGCAGGUGGUGAAGUUGAGGAUUGAAAUGAAGGACAACUCCAUGGAUCUGAACAACCCUGAGGUCAAAGCAGAACUCCUGAAAAAGCUGCAGGACAGACUGAAGGACAACGGAGAGAGUGAAGUCACCCUGAGGUGGAGAGAACAGCCUGAUGGGAAAGUGUUCUACAAGGAGGAGACUCAAGGAACCUGUCCUGCAACUUAGCUGAGCUCCUUAAACACCAGUGUGUUAACCAACAGCGCCCUCUUUUGUGUGCGAGUGGAACUUUUCUUGCAACUUCCACAGGAAACUCAUAAGUUGAUAUCUGCAAUUUUAGCUAUUUGUUAUUUAGCGCUUUUUAGUUGGCAGUUUUAUAUGAAUUUCUGUCAUUUUGCAGAGUGGCUCUGGAUGCAUCAUAUUUACUGUGUGUUCUGUUAUCUUCAAAAAAAGGAAAGAAAAAUAAAUGAUCUUAGACAAAAUCAUGCCUGUUUUAUGUGAGGAAUGUUUCAUUCCUUUCAUGUAUCCUGUAAUUUCACAUUUGGUGCUCCAACUGUUUAUUUCUGUAUUUUAUAGCACAAACUUCACUUCUAGGAUCAUCUCAAGUGCACUAUAGUACAAGAAAGGAGUGUUACAGACAUCCUGCUGCAGAUCUUCUUGGUUCUCUUCUGUCAAAAGUACUUCAAUGAGCUAUUUUAGUUUUCACUUAUGUGAUGAACUUUACUGUCCUUGUGGAAAAUAGUAUUUAGCUUCAGGACAAUAUUUUCAAAACACAACACAGAUGAAAACUAACAAGAUCCAACAAAAGAUCAGUUUACAAGCACAAACUGGUAGAGUUACUUUAACAAAAAUAAAUUCACAAAUCAGUGAACAAGCAGCUAUUUAAGAAUAUUAUUCUUAGAUUUUGAAAAUCUGCUGGAUCGAACACAUAAAUAUAGCAACUUGAAUGAUGAGUUUUGGUGAUGGAGAUGUGUUAAUCAAAUUUUCUUAGUAACCUCUUAACUUAUUAGUGAAUACGACAGACUCCAGCUGCUGACUCUUCUGAAUCUCAUGCAGUACUUCUUAAGUAUAUCAAAAAAAGAACAAGAAACAGUUUGUCUGAUUAUUCUACAAAAUCUGAAAAUAAAUGGUUAAUUACCACAGCUGUUUACACUUCACAAAGUGAAAUGGCCUCAUUUUUUUCAUUCCUCAACCACAUCUUGAUGCUGCUCAGACAUUACAAACUGAACAAAAACAGCUCUAAACCAGUUACACAGAUUUGCUGGAUUGAAAAGGCGCAAGUUUUUGCUGCAUAAAGUCUCAGUGUUUAAAAAUUGCUGAU